UUGAUGUUUCCUUGAUAUUUUGCAGAUGCUUCAUAGAUGUUUGAUAGAUGUUUCGUAGGUGUUUCGUUGAUGCUUCGUAGAGGUUUCCUUGAUGCUUCAAAGAUGUUUCAUUGAUGCUUCGCUGAUGUUUCUUAGACGUUUCGCUGAUGCUUCGUAGAGGUUUCCUUGAUGCUUCAUAGAUGUUUCAUUGAUGCUUCGCUGAUGUUUCUUAGACGUUUCGCUGAUGUGUCAGAUGUUUCCUUGAUGAUUUGUAGAUGUUUCGUACAUGUUUUUAUUGAUGUUUCAUAGUUGUUUCGUCAAAGCUUUGUAGAUGUUUUGUAGAUGUUUCAUUGAUGUUUCAUUAAUGUUUUGUUGAUGUUUUGUAGAUUUUGUUUCCUUGGUGUUUCCUUGGUGUUUCUUUGAUGCUUCAUAGAUGCUUCGUAGACGUUUUGUUGAUGCUUCCUUGGUGUUUCAUUGAUGUUUCAUAGAAGCUUCGUAGAUGUUUUGUAGAUUUUGUUUUCUUGUUGUUUCCUUGAUGCUUCAUAGAUGUUUCAUAGAAGCUUCGUAGGUGUUUCGUUAAUGUUUUGUUGGUGUUUUGUAGCUUUUGUUUCCUUGGUGUUUCUUUGAUGCUUCGUAGAUGUUUUGCAGAUGUUUCGUUAAUGUUUUGUUGAUGUUUUGUAGAUUUUGUUUCCUUGGUGUUUCCUUGAUGCUUUGUAUGUGUUUCAUAGGUGUUUCGUUGAUGUUUUGUAGAUUUUUUUAAUGGUGGACCACAAGUUUUGACUGUGAGAGCACUGCUGAUGCUCAUUAACCUUAAAAAGCAGUUUGAUGAGAUCACAUGAUCAGGAGGGAUUCCAUAUUUUCACGCUUCAAGAUGUUUGGACCAAUGAGGUCCUCUGAGGAAGUACAAGCAGCUUCAUCAUGAGCUACAGGAUGUCCGGUAAUUGGUCCAUCACAAGGCUGUCAUCACCAGAUCCGCCCACUAGUUCUGAAGCCACACCUCCUCCAAUCUCCUCCCAGUACCCUCCCAUCGCAGACUGGGAUGCUCCCAGUUUCACCUGGGCCGCUCAGUUCCGUGUAGGAGCCACCUUCGUCCUCUUCCUGUUUGCUGCCUGUGGUAACCUCGCACUAUUGGCCAGUGUGUGGCGUGGGCGUGGUCGACAGCUGGCAUCUCACCUGCGGCCGCUGAUGUUGAGCUUGGCCUCAGCAGACUUGAUGAUGACGUUCGUGGUGAUGCCUCUGGACGCGGUGUGGAAUGUGACGGUGCAGUGGUACGGAGGAGACGCGCUCUGUAAGGUGCUUUGCUUCUUGAAGCUGUUUGCCAUGCAUGCCUCCGCCUUCAUCCUCGUCGUCAUCAGCCUCGACCGUCAGCACGCCAUCUUGCACCCACUGGACGCUCUGAGCGCACAGCGCAGGAACCGACACAUGCUGCUGCUAGCCUGGAGCCUUAGUCUGCUGCUGGCAUCACCACAGCUGUUUAUCUUCCGGGCGGUCAGCGUGGAGUCAGUGGACUUCACUCAGUGUGCGACUCACGGCAGCUUCAGCCACCGCUGGCAGGAAACGGCGUACAACAUGUUCCACUUUACCACACUGUAUGUCAUCCCACUGCUGAUGAUGAGCUGCUGCUACAGCCGCAUCCUGCUGCACAUCCACCUGCAGCACCUGAGAGACAAAGCAGGUGAGUCGUACCUGCGUCGCAGCAGCACUGACAUCAUGCCAAAGGCUCGGAUGAAGACUCUGAAGAUGACGAUUGUCAUCGUGCUGUCCUUCAUGGUGUGCUGGACUCCGUACUACCUGCUCGGGAUCUGGUACUGGUUCCAGCCCGACAUGCUGCGUGUCACACCUGAGUAUGUCCACCACGCCCUCUUUGUCUUCGGGAACCUGAACACUUGCUGCGACCCCAUCAUCUACGGCUUCUACACGCCGUCCUUCAGGGCCGACCUCGCCGCCUGCUGCCGCACGACGAGGAGUGACGCUUCACCACGAUCUCCAGACCGUCUGUCUGCCAGACACUGUCCUCACAGUGGGGACCAUGAGCUGGACCAGGCUGCAAGAGACUGACCAAUUAGAGGACAGGAGUUUGAUGAUGUCACAUUCGGAUCAGCUAAAUGUGGAUCAGGACUUCGCCUGUUCUGAAUGCUCCUGCUGAACGAAGAAGUUACACUCAGACUUUUAUUAAUUAUUCAAAUUAAAGAGGACGUUCAUCACGUACAGGGACACUCCACCACGCUGUGACAUCACUGUUGGGCGUGGCUACAGGUGUCCUGACAGAUUGUGAGCCACCGAGUUUGUGCUCGAGAU